CUCCAUAUUACCUAAAAUAUCAUGGCGGGAAAUAAAUAAUUUCCCCCAAUCCCGCUCAAAGCUUCUAGAAUCUUCCACUAUAUAAACCCUUUUCCCUCCCCAUUUUCUUUUCCCUAUUUCAAUUUCCCCCCAUUUCUCUCCCAAAACCCUAACCCUUCACAGAUCCACAAUCAUCACCAUGUUGGAACUUCGUCUAGUCCAAGGUUCACUUCUCAAGAAGGUUCUAGAAGCAAUCAAGGAGCUCGUCAACGAUGCUAACUUCGAUUGUUCCUCUACUGGAUUUUCCCUCCAAGCCAUGGAUUCCAGCCACGUGGCUUUGGUCGCUCUUCUUCUCCGAUCGGAAGGAUUUGAGCACUAUCGCUGUGAUCGUAACAUCUCUAUGGGUAUGAAUCUUAAUAACAUGGCUAAGAUGCUAAAAUGCGCUGGAAAUGAUGAUAUCAUCACUAUCAAGGCUGAUGAUGGAAGUGACACUGUUACCUUCAUGUUUGAAAGUCCUACUCAAGACAAGAUUUCUGAUUUUGAGAUGAAGCUGAUGGACAUUGAUAGUGAGCACCUUGGAAUUCCCGAGGCUGAAUAUCAUGCCAUUGUUAGGAUGCCAUCGUCUGAGUUUGCUAGGAUUUGUAAAGAUCUUAGUAGCAUUGGUGACACUGUUGUCAUUUCGGUUACUAAGGAGGGUGUGAAGUUUUCCACCAAAGGAGAUAUUGGAACUGCAAAUAUAGUUUGCAGGCAGAAUACUACUGUUGACAAGCCUGAAGAAGCUACUGUUGUAGAGAUGAAUGAGCCUGUGUCCUUGCAAUUUGCAUUACGAUACAUGAACUCUUUCACAAAGGCAACACCUUUGUCCAGUACAGUUACCAUAAGUCUGUCAAAUGAGCUGCCAGUUGUUGUUGAGUACAAGAUUGCUGAGAUGGGAUAUGUUCGGUUCUAUUUGGCUCCCAAAAUUGAGGAGGAUGAAGAGGAAACAAAACCUCAAGUUUAGUUUGAGAUAGAUGUUGGAUUGGCAUCUUAGGUUCUGAAUAUGGUUGUAGUUGUAGGUGCUUUUAUACAUUAUGUAAGAUGUUUCAUCUGUUUGACAAUCUAUGAAUUUGGAAGAGGUGUAUUUGUUCCUUGUCACAUUUACCACCUCGUUUAGAACAAUGUUAAACAAUGGGUGUGUAUUCUUCACACUAGCCUCAUAUUUUUAUGGUUUUUAUGAAUCUGAACAGCUUUCAAACAAAAUGUUAAAUCUAAGCAGAAAUCUUGAAA